UUUUUCAAUUCAGUUCUGUACAUAGGCGGUAAUAAGCAUUCUUGAGGUGAUGGAAAAUCAAUUGGAAAUCCACUUUUAUCCUUAGGACAUAUUUGGUAUUGAGCAGAAAUUCCGGAAAUUAAAACAUUUAUUAUCACCAAUAAUGUAAUAUAUGGCAUCGUUAAUGCGCUUAUUCUGGCCGAUGUAGACGGUCCUGACUCAACGUUCCUUGGGUUGUUUAUUGGAAUUCUAUUUGAAUUAAAUGAUCCCGCUCCUCUGCGUUGUCCCCACCUUCCUGGGAAUCCACGACUUUGAGCACUUCCCCUCCAAUUAUUUUGGAAUCUCACUCGGUUUUCCCCCAAAUUUUCAAAAUUCCUCCUUGGAUUCCAUUGCGGUCUCCAAUUUCCUCUAUUGGGAACAUAACCUCUUCCUCUCCAGUCAGUUCUAGGAUUUUGCCAAUUUUGUCGAUUCAUAUUAUCAUUUUUCUCAAAUUUAUCCUUUAUGGCAUUAACUUCGGCCCGGACUGCAUUUACCUCAGUUAAAGCUUGUUCAGUUAAAUUAUGUUGAUGUAGGCGACAUUUAUCUUCCUUUAGGGAACACUGAAUUUCUUCGAUUUCUUUAGCCAAAUUAAUAGUUUCUUCCAAUGAGUUAGUAGGCCUAAAUGCGAGUUUUUCUUUAAUUUCCAUACAUAGACCAUUUUUGAAGUAAUCCUUAGCAAUGUCGUCCCUCCAUUGUUUUAUUCGUUCAGAUCGAGCUUCUGGUAAUUCUC